CUCUGCUCUAGCCUUAUGAAGCUUCAUCUGGAGUACUGCAUCCAGGUCUGGGGCUUUCCAGUACAGAAAGAACGCAGAGCUGAUGGGGGCUUUAGGGAGCCAGCAGAAGCGGCGGAGGCCGAGGAGGGGGAGCAGGCUCCGCAGCCUCCCGGGCGCGGCGCGGCACGGGGCAAGAAGAGGAAGGCGGCGGCCCCAGCCUCGGUCCCGGCGCUGCAGCCGGUGAAACUGAGCCGGGCCGAACUGUACAAGCCUCCCACCAACGAGGAGUUGAACCAGCUGAAAGAGACGGAGGACCUUUUCCACUCCAGCCUGCUCCGCCUGCAGAUUGAAGAACUUCUAAAGGAGGUGAUGCUGAAGGAGACGAAGAAGAAGAAGAUCGAUGCUUUCCUCCAUGAAAUUAACAGCUUGUUGAGUGCCAUCCCAGAGACCCCAGAAACUGAUAUCACUGACCAGACCUGGCUUCCCAAAGGUGUGAAGGUGCCGUUCCUGCAAGUGCCUUUCAACGUGAAGGGGAAGUUUCACUUCCUUCCCCCAGACGAGCUGAGUGUAGUGGGCAGCUAUCUGCUAGGCACCUGCAUUAAGCCAGAGAUCAAUGUGGAUGUGGCGGUGACCAUGCCACGGGAAAUCUUCCAGGACAAAGACAACCUGAACCAGCGCUACCACCGCAAGAGAGCUCUAUACCUGGCCCACAUUGCCCAGCAUUUAUCGAAGGAGAAUCUCUUUGGAACUGUGAAGUUUGCCUACAUGAACAGCAACCAUCUCAAGCCCAUUCUGCUCCUGAGGCCACAAGGCAAGGAUGAAAAGCUGGUUACUGUUCGACUUCACGCCUGUCCUGCCCCGAAUUUCUUCAAGCCAAGUCGUUUUUAUCCUAGCAAGAACAAUGUCCGGACAGCCUGGUUCCUGGAGCAGAGCACACCCAAAGAAGGAGCUCCUGAGCCUGCCACCCCACACUAUAACAACUCCAUCCUCUGUGACACAGUGCUGUUGUCCCACCUGCAUUUCUUGUCUAGUGUAUCCACUGACUUUCCAGGCAUGAAGGAUGGCCUGGCUCUUCUCAAAGUUUGGCUGAACCAGAGGCAGCUCAGCAAGGGCUUGGGAUGCUUUAGUGGCUUUUUGGCCUCAAUGCUUGUUGCCUACCUGGUGGUGAAACGCAAGAUUGUCAAAGUGAUGAGUGGGUACCAGGUGCUGAGAAAUGUCCUUCAGUUCCUAGCUACCACUGACCUGUGUGUGACAGGGAUCAGCCUUGCAAAGGAUACAGAUACCUCCCUGCCUGCCCUGGCUGACUUCCACCAUGCAUUUGAAGUGGUCUUUGUGGAUCCCUCUGGGCUGGUGAACCUCUGUGCGGAUAUGACUGCCAGCAAAUAUCACCAGGUUCAGUUUGAAGCCAAAUGCUCCAUGGAAAUUCUGGAUAACAGAAUGGUGGAUGGCUUCCAGGCACUGCUCAUGACCUCCAAGCCCAUGCUUAGAACCUUUGACCAUGUCUUCCACCUUAAACAUGUCUCCAAACUGCAAAGUGCCUGCAAGAAGAUGCAGCUACUGAAUGAGCUGAUGGAUCGGGGUGGGAACUAUGUAGCUGCAGCUCUCCCCUUCAUUGUCUCACUGCUGACACGUGGGCUGGCCAGAAGAGCACUGCUUGUGGCUCACUCCUUGCCUGAGACCCCUGAGUGGGCAAUUGAUGCUGAACCCCCAAAACACAAGGAUGUUGGAUCUCUGAUGUUUGGGAUCCUGUUUGCCCCAGAGUUUGCUGCUAGCACUCUAGAGAAGGGACCACAGGCUGAUCGCCCUGAGGCUACAGAUUUCCGGACUUUCUGGGGGGAGAAGUCUGAGCUACGACGAUUCCAGGAUGGCACUAUCUGUGAGGCAGUGGUGUGGGAGGCCAGCACCAUCUGCCAGAAACGUCUCAUUCCUGAGCAGAUUGUCAGGCACCUGCUGAAACUCCAUGCGGACAUUCCUGAAUCGUCCAUCUGCUACACAGGAGCGCUGCUGGAGUCUGUGAUCAAGAAUGGGAAAGAGGCAUUAGGGACGGGUGAGGAGGACAUGGUCAGCGUUGUCUGCUCCUAUGAUGACCUGAGCCGCAAGCUGUGGAACCUGGAGGGGCUGCCACUAACAGUGACAGCUGUACAAGGUGUCCACCCAGCCCUUCGGUACACGGACGUCUUCCCUCCCAUUCCCAUGAAGCCAAUUUACUCCUUCCAUAAGCAAGUCAAGAUCAGGCACUUGCUGCUUCCUUCAGAGGAGAAGCCUUGUCCUGCUUAUAUAACCCCUUUGAAAAUCAUAUGCCACAUGGAAGGCAGUGGCCAGUGGCCACAGGACAAAGAAGCCAUCAAGCGCAUCAAGGCAGCUUUCCACCUUCAGCUGGCUGAGCUUCUCCAGCAGCAGCACCAGUUGAUCUGCAGACCUGCAGUCACCCACACUGAUGUAUACAAGGAUGGCUAUGUUUUCCGUCUCCAAGUGGCCUACCAUCGUGAGCCCCUAAUCUUGAAGGAAGUAGUCACUCCAGAAGGGAUGCUGAAGUACCAGGACACAGAGGAGUCUCAGCGGCUGGAACUGGAGACAUUGCAUCAGCCCUAUCUAACCAGCUCCCUGCAUGGGCUCCAGCAGCAGCAUCCUGUCUUUGGCAGCACUUGCCGGCUGGCCAAGCGGUGGAUCAGUGCCCAGCUCCUGAGUGACAGCGUUUCUGAGGAGUGUGUGGACUUGCUUGUGGCAUCUCUCUUCCUCCACCCAGCCCCCUUCACGCCACCCAGCUCUCCCCAGGUUGGGUUCCUGCGCUUCCUCAAUCUGCUGGCAACCUACGACUGGAGAAAUAGCCCGCUCAUCGUCAACCUGAAUGCUGGCCUCACAGAUGCUGACUGCACAGAGAUCAAGAACAAGUUUGUGGCUGCUCGCUCUCGCCUUCCUGUCAUGUUCAUCGCCACCCCCAAAGACAAGUGGAACUCAGUAUGGACCCAGGAGCGACCCUCAGCACAGAUCCUGCAGCGCCUUCUUGUGUUGGCCUCAGAGUCUGUCCGGGCCCUGGAGGAGCAGCUCAUGGAUCCGCUCAGCAGCCAGGAUGUGAAGAUUGUCUUCCGCCCUCCUUUGGACCUCUAUGAUGUCCUCAUCCAUUUGAACUCAAAUCAGAUCCCUCGACAUCUGGAGAGUGUGGACCGGCCAGUGAAGUCAUUUUCCCGGGGAGUGGUGAAGAACAGUGCUGGAGCAAGGGUCCUCUUUCCUGUGGUGGACUAUGACCCUGUACAGUGCUACCUCCAGGACCUGAGAGAAGCCUUCAGUGAUCUCGCCUUAUUCUUCUAUGACAAGCAUGGUGGGGAAGUGAUUGCAGUUUUGUGGAAACCUUUGAGCUUUCAGCCUCAGCCUUUUAAGGUCUCCAAUAUGAAAGGACGAACAGUGACAACUCUGAACAAUGAGCUGGUUUGUGUUCCCAACGUAGAAGCAAUUCUGGAGGACUUUGAGGUUUUGGGAGAAGGCCUGGUCAAAAGAGUGGAAGCGCAUACAGAGAAAUGGACUGUCUGAGGCCAUUAAGAAGCAUGAGAAGGACUUGUCCUGAAGCAGAUUUUGUUCACUCUAGAGCCAUUUGAUUUUAUAUGUCAGUCCCAGGAAAGGCUUUUGGCUUUUCAAAUCCCAGAAUUGUGUAUCUGACUGUAUUUAACUUAGUAUGCCUUGUCCAGAAAAGUGAUGGGACCUUUAUUGUUUUUAAGAAUGCAAUUAUCUUUUUAUUUUGAAGAAAAUAUAAAGAUGGAAUAAGUUUUUUGAAA